ACAAAGGCGGCCCGCCGCCUGUGUCAUCCGCCAUUUUGUGCAAGGCAAAGUGGCCUCCACGUUUCCCGAGCGUCUUCUCCGCUUCUGCCUCGACCGCCCCUUGACUACAGAAAUGUCUCGGGAUCGGUUCCGGAGUCGCGGCGGCGGCGGUGGCGGCUUUCACCGGCGUGGAGGAGGUGGCGGCCGCGGCGGCCUCCAUGACUUCCGCUCUCCGCCGCCCGGCAUGGGCCUCAAUCAGAACCGCGGCCCCAUGGGCCCGGGCCCUGGCGGUCCGAAGCCCCCGAUCCCGCCACCGCCUCCACACCAGCAGCAGCAGCAGCCUCCGCCGCAGCACCAGCCUCCUCCACAGCAGCAGCCGCCACCGCCGCAGCAACAGCCCCCGCCGCACCAGCCGCCCCACCAGCAGCCGCCGCCUCCGCCGCAGGACUCGGCCAAGCCGGGCGGCCCUCAGGUUCCCGGCUCCGCGUCCGGAGUGAGCAGCGCGCCGCAGGCCGCCGGCUCAGCCCCGCCCGCUACUCCCCCGACCUCCGGCGCCCCACCGGGCCCGGGCCCGGGCCCCACCCCGACCCCGCCGCCCGUGGUCACUCCCGCUGCCCCUGGAGCGCCCCCGCCCGCCACGCCGAGCAGCGGCGUUUCGACUACUCCGCCGCAGACCGGAGGCCCUCCGCCUCCCUCCGCAGGCGGCGCUGGCCCGGGGCCUAAACAAGGUCCAGGCCCCGGUGGCCCAAAGGGCGGCAAGAUGCCUGGGGGGCCGAAGCCCGGCGGGGGCCCGGGCAUGAGCACUCCUGGCGGUCACCCGAAGCCGCCACACCGAGGUGGCGGGGAGCCCCGCGGGGGCCGUCAGCACCACGUGCCGUACCACCAGCAGCAGCACCUCCAGGGACCCCCUCCCGGCGGGCCCGGAGGCCGCACAGAGGAGAAGAUCUCGGACUCGGAGGGAUUUAAAGCCAACUUGUCACUAUUGAGGAGGCCUGGAGAAAAAACUUACACACAGCGCUGUCGGUUGUUUGUGGGGAAUCUGCCUGCUGAUAUCACAGAGGAUGAAUUCAAAAGACUGUUUGCAAAAUACGGAGAACCAGGAGAAGUUUUUAUCAAUAAAGGCAAAGGAUUCGGAUUUAUUAAACUCGAGUCUAGAGCCUUGGCUGAAAUUGCUAAAGCUGAACUUGAUGAUACACCCAUGAGAGGUAGACAGCUUCGGGUUCGCUUUGCUACACAUGCUGCUGCCCUUUCUGUUCGGAAUCUUUCACCCUACGUUUCCAAUGAACUGUUGGAAGAGGCCUUUAGCCAAUUUGGUCCUAUUGAAAGGGCUGUUGUAAUUGUGGAUGAUCGUGGAAGAUCUACUGGGAAGGGCAUUGUUGAAUUUGCUUCUAAGCCAGCAGCAAGAAAAGCAUUUGAAAGAUGCAGUGAAGGUGUUUUCCUACUGACAACAACUCCUCGCCCAGUCAUUGUGGAACCACUUGAACAAUUAGAUGAUGAAGAUGGUCUUCCUGAAAAAUUGGCACAGAAGAACCCAAUGUAUCAAAAGGAGAGAGAAACACCACCUCGUUUUGCUCAGCAUGGCACAUUUGAAUAUGAAUAUUCUCAGCGAUGGAAGUCUUUAGAUGAGAUGGAAAAACAGCAAAGGGAACAAGUUGAGAAAAACAUGAAGGAUGCAAAAGACAAAUUGGAAAGUGAAAUGGAAGAUGCAUACCAUGAGCAUCAGGCAAAUCUCUUGCGCCAAGAUUUGAUGAGGCGCCAGGAAGAAUUAAGACGUAUGGAGGAACUUCACAGUCAAGAAAUGCAGAAACGUAAAGAAAUGCAGUUGAGGCAAGAGGAGGAACGACGAAGAAGAGAGGAAGAGAUGAUGAUUCGCCAGCGAGAGAUGGAAGAACAAAUGAGAAGACAGAGAGAGGAAAGUUACAGCAGGAUGGGCUACAUGGAUCCAAGAGAAAGAGACAUGAGAAUGGGUGGUGGUGGAGCAAUGAACAUGGGAGAUCCCUAUGGUUCAGGAGGCCAGAAAUUUCCACCUCUAGGUGGAGGUGGUGGCAUAGGUUAUGAAGCUAAUCCUGGAGUUCCACCAGCAACCAUGAGUGGUUCCAUGAUGGGAAGCGACAUGCGUACUGAGCGCUUUGGGCAGGGAGGUGCGGGUCCUGUGGGUGGACAGGGUCCUAGAGGAAUGGGGCCUGGAACUCCAGCAGGAUAUGGUAGAGGGAGAGAAGAGUAUGAAGGUCCAAACAAGAAGCCCCGAUUUUAGAUCCCACACCCAGGCUUUCAUUCCAGUUUGUUUUUGUCUUCUCUUGUUUAGAUACCACUUUUAAAUUCUUGCAUUUUAGUAAGAAAGCUACCUUUUUAUGGAUGUUAGCAGUUUAUUGACCUGAUAUUUGUAAAUGGUCUGUUUGGGCAGGUAAAAUUAUGUAAUGCAGUGUUCAAAACAGGAGAAAAAAAUUUUUUUUUCUUUUUAUUUACCUUUUUUUUUUUAAACUGUAUAAUGUUCCUCAAGUUAAUGGCAGUGUACCUUGUGCCACUGAAUUUCCAAAGUGUACCAAUUUUUUUUUUACUGUGCUUCGAAUAAAUAGUAAAAUAGUUGAAAUACUGAUCUUCAACUUUGCCAUUCAUGCUUAUGCACAUUAGGCUAGCUUCCACUUUGAAAACACAGAGUAUCCAGGCCUUUGAAUGGCAUAUGCCAUUUCUGGGAAAUGUACAGAGCUAAGUGAUGCUUUCUACAGAUAAUGGCCCUUUUGUUUCCAAAAGAAGUACAAACUUGUUGAAGUAGUUAGGAUGUAUUUGGCAUUAUAGGAAGCAAGCUGGUGCUGAGUAUUUUUUAAAUGGUUAUGUAAGCAAAGCUGAACUGUACAUCUUCAUUCAGGAACAUGUAUUAAGAUUAUGGAAUGAGUGUAAACUAUUGGUAGUGAGAGAAAGUGGGUUUGGAUAAAUGGAUCUUUGGCCCUCCUUUGAAAGCUUGAAAAGUAGUAAGAUCAUUUUGUUGCAUUACCCCUGUUGCUUUGUUUCUAAAAGAACAAAUCCCAAGCCCUACCAAUGGCUUGUAUUGAACUUUUGCAUUUGAAUUAAAGAUUGUUAAACAUGAA